AGAUCCUGAGAGCCAGCAGGUAGGAGGAAGGGACCCUAUCCUGCCCUCUGGAAGAGCUAGAAGAGCAGUGGGCUCGGGCACACAACCUAUGAAGAUGGCAGCUAUGAAGACCUGCUCUCUGCUGCUGGUGCUCCUCUUCCUGGCCGUUGGGCUGGGAGAAAAAGAAGAGGUUCAAUUCAGAUCCCAUGGUAAAUUUGGUAGCCCCCGGCCUCGGGACCGGAGGUAUGCAGAGGGGACUUUCAUCAGUGACUACAGCAUUGCCCUGGAGAAGAUCCGCCAACAAGAGUUUGUGAACUGGCUGCUGGCCCAGAAGGGGAAGAAGAAUGACUGGAAACACAACAUCACCCAGAGAGACACCCAGGCCUUGAGGCUGGCAGGACAAUCUCAAAAAAAUGAGGAGACAGAGGGACAGCAGAGCUCCUUGCCCAAGAACUCCGGUGACGAAGAUGUGCUGAGGGACAUGCAGUUUCAAGAGCUGCUGGCCUGGAUGGUGGACCAAAUAGAGCUCUGCCAGCUCAGGUCUCAGUGACUGACCUAGCCCGGAGUGGACUCUGCCCUUUGCUUGCUCAGCUCCUGCUUCCGCCCUGGUCCAAAGUCUCUGAGAGAACCAAACAAUAAAGCCUUGAGCUGAAGU